UCAAUUGUGGUGUGGCCAAUGAAAUAUUUGUGUGCCCUGUGUAUUUAAUACAAUCAUAGGAUUAUUUAAUGGAAAGGAAAAAAAAAUUUUGCAUUGUUUUCACUGUCUGCCCGUGCAUCGCGUAUUGUAAAUAAUUUGAGGUACACGAUGAAGCUCUCGAAUUUUCGUGAGAACGAUAAAGUUUUGUUGUUAGGAGAAGGCAAUUUUUCGUUCGCGGUCUCAUUGAUGGAACAUAACCUACCAAUAACAAUAACAGCGUCAUGUUACGAGACCUCAAUUCUUCACGAUAGCACAAGGAAAAAUGUAGAUUCUCUACAAAAUAAUGAUGAAUUGCUUGAAUCGCCUCCGACUUUCGACGACAUGCAGCCGGAUUCGAGAGCAAUAUUUAUUAGCACUAAACCCAAGAGAUUCAUUAAAACAGAAUUUGAAUAGCGAUUAUAAAUUCCAAAGGACAAUAAGUUUAACAGUGUUUCGUGAAAAAUGGAUGCCAACGGCUCUGAGAAAUUUGAAACCGAAAUCACGUCAACACACCGAACAAUGUUUCGUCGAUGUUAAACAGGUGAAAGCAUUCGGAGGAGUUGGAGGUGACGGAGCUAUUAGUUUUCUCCAGUUAUGGGUCAACGAUAAGGCAGGACCGGAUGGUGGCGAUGGAGGUCAUGGUGGACACGUCCUUUUUGAGGUCUCUCCGGAUGUUAAAGAUCUCAAAGGGGUCAAAAAUAUUGUCCAAGCAGAAAACGGUGAAAAAGGGUAUUCGAAAGACUGUUGCGGUAAAAAUGCUGAACACAAAGUAAUAAAAGUACCAAUUGGUACGAUAGUACGUAACACGAACGGUGACAUAUUGGCCGAUCUUGAUGAACCAGGAAUGAUGUUCAUCGCUGCCCGAGGCGGUGCCGGUGGCCACGGAAAUGCGUUUUUCACAUCACCGACUCAGCAAUGCCCACAGAUUUGUGAAUAUGGAGCAGUUGGAGAGGAAAAAGAAUAUGUACUAGAAGUACGAAGUAUGGCACACAUUGGAUUGAUCGGGCUUCCAAAUGCCGGAAAAAGUACAUUGUUGAGGGCGAUUUCACGUGCGAGACCGAAAGUGGCUUCGUAUCCAUUCACGACGUUGAGGCCACAUUUGGGAAUGGUUCUUUACGACGAUUACGAACAAAUCGCAGUGGCCGAUCUACCCGGUCUAAUCGAAGAUUCGCACAAAAAUCGAGGUCUCGGUAUAACUUUUCUGAAGCACAUCGAACGCUGCGCCGCACUAUUGUUCAUCGUAGACUUGAGUCUAGAGAAGCCUUGGACGCAAUACGAAACAUUGAGAAACGAAAUCGAACAAUUCAACAGGAAGCUUUUACGAAGGCCUACGCUUCUCAUAGCAAAUAAAAUUGACUUGCCAGAAUCGAGGGAAAACCUGACGGAGCUAAAAGCAAGAGUGGCCCUGCCGAUCGUGCCAAUAUCUGCGAAAAUGGGCGAAAAUGUAUCGCACCUGUUGAAAGAGAUGAGACUUCUAUACGAUCGUGACUUGAAAGCAAGAAGUGAAGAUCGCAAGGAAUAGGUUUCGUAAUUAUUGGAUCGUCCGUGUAAAUCGAUGUUCUUUGUAAUAUAUUUCUUAGAAAAUUUA